AUGCUGCACGUGGACCUGAACGACGAUCUAGCCGAGUACGUCGACGUGGCAUUCGCGUCUGGAGACAACGUGGUCGUCGUCGUGGUUAGCCAGCGGGAGAUGCAGCAACCCAGCGCGGUUCACACCGCCUUGGCCAACUUGCCACAACAAGUGCUGUACCGGCAACAGUCCAUGGCCACGAUUGAAGAAGAUGCCGAGUUCCACAGCUUUACCCCCCUCUUGCGCAGUACAACUCACUUGGGAGCAGCCUCGUCCAUGGGUCGAGAAAACAGCGCCGACCAUGGGGGCCACGACUUGGACAUUGAAGGCGAGGAGUACUACACCUCCAUUGUCAAAUCAUUCCCCAUGCACCCCUUGGAGCAUUUCAUGCCCAACCAGUACGACAGCGAGGAUUCCGAGUCUGUAGUGGACUCGGAGGCCUCAUCGGACGUCUCGGUCUCGUCUGCGACCAACGACGUCGACGAUGCUGCUUGCUUGGAAGGCAUGCAACCAGCUGACGACUUCCAUCGAGUGUUUGCAUGGUUACAAGAGCACCAUGGCUGGACGCGCCAACCAGGGUUAUGGGGUGGCUUAUCGUGA